CCACUUCAGACGCCUGAUUCCAUUUUCCGGAAAAGAAACUAGACGCAACCAGUUUCUCUUUCCCUCCCGAUUUUCUGUUUUUCUUCUCUUGGAUUGGGCUCACCCUGCUCAAAACUUCGGCGGCAGCGGCAGCGGUAGCGGUGGCGGCGCCGGCUUUCUCCAUGAACACGGUGGCUUUGUUGUCCUUGGCGCCGCAGCUGCUCAUUAAGCCCUCCCUCACCUGUUUCUCCAGAAAGGGCGUUGGCCGCUAUGGCGGAAUCAAGGUGUACGCCGUGCUCAGAGACGACGGAGCUGAGUUUGCCAAGAACAACAACCUGGAGGCCCUGUUCCAUGUGGAUGACCCCGGGCCGAGGGUCCCCAUCAAGAAGGGCAAGUUCCUGGACGUGAACGAGGCUCUCGAGGUGGUCCGUUUUGACAUCCAGUACUGCGACUGGAGGGCGCGGCAUGAUCUUCUCACCAUCAUGGUUCUCCACAACAAGGUGGUAGAGGUCCUCAACCCCCUAGCGAGGGAGUUCAAGUCGAUCGGGACCUUGAGGAAAGAGCUUGCCGAGCUACAGCAGGAGCUGGCAAAAGCUCACAAUCAGGUUCAUCUCUCGGAAACCAGAGUCUCAUCUGCGCUCGACAAGCUAGCGCAUAUGGAGACCCUGGUGAACGACAGGCUGUUGCCACCGGACGGAGCCUCUAGUACGUCCACGGCGCAGCCCACUUCCUUGGUUCCAAGCACUUCGUCCACCGCCCGUGUCCGAGCCAAGAAACCGCCACGUCGGGGCCUUAACGUGUCUGGCCCGGUGAAGCCGUACAAUCCCAGCCUGAAGAACUUCUGGUACCCAGUCGCCUUCUCCAGUGAUCUGAAAGAUGACACCAUGGUGCCGAUAGCUUGCUUCGAGGAGCAGUGGGUGAUAUUCCGUGGAAAAGACGGAAGGCCUGGGUGUGUUCAGAACACAUGUGCUCACAGGGCUUGCCCGCUGCAUCUUGGUUCAGUGAACGAGGGUAGGAUCCAGUGCCCUUACCAUGGUUGGGAGUACUCUACUGAUGGGAAAUGUGAAAAAAUGCCAUCAACAAAGAUGCUCAACGUGCGCAUCCAGUCAUUGCCAUGCUUUGAGCAGGAAGGAAUGGUCUGGAUUUGGCCUGGGGAUGACCCACCAAAGGCUACAAUCCCUUCUCUUCUGCCUCCUUCAGGAUUUACAGUACACGCAGAGAUAGUGAUGGAACUGCCAGUUGAACAUGGACUACUCCUGGAUAACCUCUUGGACCUUGCUCAUGCUCCUUUUACACACACAUCCACCUUUGCCAAGGGCUGGAGUGUUCCAAGUUUGGUGAAGUUCUUAACACCUGCGUCUGGGCUCCAAGGGUACUGGGAUCCUUACCCGAUCGACAUGGAGUUCCGACCGCCAUGUAUGGUCUUGUCGACCAUUGGCAUCUCAAAGCCUGGGAAGCUAGAAGGGAAGAGCACCCAGCAAUGCUCCACGCACCUCCACCAGCUCCACGUCUGCUUGCCCUCCUCUAGGAACAAAACUAGGCUGCUGUACCGGAUGUCGCUAGACUUCGCUCCGUGGCUCAAGCAUGUACCGCUCAUGCACCUGCUGUGGUCACAUUUCGCAGAGAAGGCAUGUCAGUCAAUGUGAUAAAGUCUUGAACGAGGACCUACGGCUUGUUCUUGGUCAGCAAGAACGGAUGAUCAAUGGCGCCAACGUCUGGAACUGGCCGGUAUCAUAUGACAAGCUCGGGGUCCGGUACCGGUUGUGGAGAGACACCGUUGAGAGGGGCUCUGAACGGUUGCCAUUCAGUAACCAAGCUGAGAGUGGAUCAUAGCCGGCCGGUGGGUCUCUUAAUUUCCUCCUCGUCACAUUUAUUCGCGAGACGACGGCCAGAAUUAGUUACCUAGGCGUGCGUCUCUGUGCUCUGCUCCCUGAUGCUGCUGCGUCUAUCUGGAAGGCGAAGGUUGAUGGGUAACAUCAUCGUGUCUCUCUCUCCCCUCUGGUGUUGGAAUGUACACUAGCGUCGUUAUCAUGAGAUGCAAUUGUAAUCUGAGGUUGAUAUUUUCUUUCUUUCUUUCUUUUUCCUUUUCGCUUUCUUCUUUUCUUCACCCUUUUUGUGUAAAGAUUCAGCGAAUGUUACUUUGUCAAAGCAUGUAUAAUCAAUCAUACUACUAACUAUGGAGACAUGUUCAUAUGAGAAAUGGCAGCAGCACAUCUUUGCUUAUA